AGUAAGUGGUGACUUGGGGUGUCGGCGAGAGCGUGCGAUGUGCAGUUGGGAGCUGAUGAGCCGAGCGGUGACGUCAGGCGUUUGAUGAGUGACGGGCUGGUGUGUGAACGCGCGUAGGUUGUUAACGGCUGGUGGCGCAGUGAUAUAGUGAGCGUUGACCCGGCAAAGCGUGAAGACGGAAUCUUGGCUAGAUCGCCAUCCGAAGUGAGUGCUCCGCGUCACUGACGCCAUGUCGGUGCGGCCCUGCAGCUGAACGACACCUGUGAGAGGCUGUGCGAUGGCCGAGUGACGGCGUCAGUCAGAAGUUGCACGGCAGCUGCACGGUGAUGCCUGCUGGAGGCUGGCCGAAGACCUAGUGACGAUCGCUGUCGGGGACUACAACUGGGCGAACUGAAGCGCCUGUCGGAGCCGGUCCGCCCAGCGUCCCUGAAGAACUGGCGGCCGACGAUUGGACACUGCUGUCCUCCCGCUCGGGAGAAUGUCCGGUGGUUAAGUGACGCCCUGCUCUUCGCGGCAGACUGUAUGGCCACCGUCAGCGCAAUGCAAGCGAUCUGUGGAAGCACCAGCUGCCUGCUGGUCUCGUGGUUCGUGGUCAUGGCUGGGCUGACGAUGUGUGGAGGCUCCGUGUCGUCGCGCUCGACGGGCGGCCUGUCCCGCACGCGGCUGCCGGCGGGGCCGCAGCUGCUGCUGCAGCACUCGCGCAACGUGACGGCCCGGCUCAACGGCACGGCGAUACUCAACUGCCGCGUCCGGCACAUCGGCGGCCGCCAGGUGUCCUGGGGCCGCGGAUUCGAGGUGCUGACCGGCGGUCUGACGCGUUUCGCCGACGACCGCCGGUUCCAGCCGCUCCACCAAGAGUACAGCGAGGACUGGGGCCUGCGGAUCCUCUCCGUGAGGCGGGCCGACGCUGGCUGGUAUUUCUGCCAGGUCAGCACCUCGCCACCGGUGUCGCACUACCUACAUCUGACCGUGGUCGAGCCCCGGGUUGAGAUCGUGGGCGGCCCCGACCUCUACAUCAACCGGGGCAGCAGCGCCAACCUCACCUGCAUCAUUCGAGAUGCCCACAAGAAGCCGGAGAACGUGCGAUGGACGCACGACAACAAGCUUGUCCAAUUCGACCAGGCCAGGGCGGGCGUGCGCGUGAGGACAGUGCACGAGAUGAACCACACCGUCAGCUACUUCCUCAUCGUCCGCGCGCUGCCCUCCGACUCGGGCGAGUACUUCUGCGACCCGGAUGGCCUUGAGCAAGUCAAGGUCAUAGUCCACGUGCUUAAUGACGAUCACCCUGCCGCGAUGCAGACCAGCGGCCACAGCGGGCCGGCGGCGGGGCCAGGGUCGGCCCUUCGUCUGCUGACCUGCCUGCUGCUGACGCUGAUGUGGGGCCUGGCCGCGCUGGCACGGCAUACGCAGACACAAGGCGGCACCAACAAGCAGUGA